AUGUUUGGAAAACGUCACGUAGCGGAAACUCCAGCUGUGCGCGCUCAAUGCGCAGAACAAGAAGCCGGAAUUUGGGCAAGCGUCUUGUUCAGUUGGCUUAAUCCUCUAAUGCAGGUCAUCAGCGUCGAACUGAUGCCGUUUCAGACGGGUUACCGGCGUCGACUACAGUGGAAUGAUAUACCGACAGUACAUGACGCCCGCACAUCCAGUCUCAUACAGGCGAAACUCCAAAACGCAUUUCGCAGACAUGUGCAGAGGCGUGCUAGCUAUCCGAUGCUUCGUGCGAUUUACGAAGCCUUUCGUUAUGACUUUUGGCUCAGCGCCAUCUGCCAAGCUCUCACUGCAAUAUUACAAGUCGUUGCGCCAUUCACGUUGCGAUACCUCCUUGUUUACGCACAAGACUCGUACAAUGCGCGUCAGGUCGGCAGCAAAGGACCGUCAAUUGGUGUCGGUUUGGGGCUAACUUUCGGCAUCACCGCAAUGCUCAUGAUUCAGAGUCUCACUGUGAGCCAUUUCCACUACCGCGCGUCGUUGAUGGGAGGCCAGACUCGCGGCGCUUUGACGUCCAUGAUAUUCCUGAAGUCCUUAAGGAUCUCACGACGGGCUAAGGCGGGUGGCAGUGGUGAUGCGUACCGUCGAGAUUCUCAGGAUGAUCAAAUAGUAUGGGAUCCGAUAGGAUGGUCAGAGGGCCGCAUCAUGAACUUGAUCGGAACAGAUGCCAACAGGAUUUUGCAAGGAUUGGAGCUGGUACAUUUCUUAUGGUCCGCUCCCUUACAAAUUUUGCUGACCAGCGCACUGUUGAUCGUCAAUCUGGGCUACAGUGCAUUGCCCGGCAUCGCUUUUCUGUUUAUAGGCAUGGCAAUUGUGGUACACUCAACCAAAAUGUACACCACCGCUCGGAUCAAGAUCAGCAAGAGCACCGACGCCAGAGUCGGGCUUACUCAAGAGAUGCUCCAGGCUUUCCGUUUCAUCAAAGUCUUCGCGGUCGAGAAUGUAUUUCUGUCGCGUCUCAAGCCGUUGCGUGCUGCAGAAAGUCGCGCUUCGGAGCACCUGCACCUUUUAAGAUCGUUCUUGGAAAGUGUCAGCGUGUCCUUACCCAUACUGACGAAUCUCGUAAUAGUCGUUGUCUAUGUGGUCACGGGACACACAUUGAUUCCGGCAACAAUAUUUUCCUCCGUGGCAUUGAUUAACGCACUCAGAACGCCUCUGAACUAUUUCCCAGUAGCGGUAGGUCAUUGCUCGGAUGGUCUGAAUGCCCUUGAGCGUGUCAAGACUUUUCUGCUUGCGGAAGAGUCUUCUGACCGCUUUCUUCCUUCAAGGGAAGCUGAUUUGGCAAUCGAGACCGAAGCUGCUGCUUUCACAUGGGAAUGCAAUGUUGAGGGAGAUGUCCCUGUGCAAGACGAGGAAAAAGGUUCUAAAAACUGGCGAGGCCGGAAGAAAGAGGUCACCAUACCUGAGACGCAGGCCAGCUCCGUAAAGGAGCUCAGCCCGAAGUCUUCAAAUUCUGACUUGAAAGGCGUCUUCAAAUUGUCGAACGUGAGCCUCAAGCUGCGAAAAGGUGAGCUUAUCGGCAUUGCUGGCAGGGUUGGGGCCGGGAAGUCAUCUAUGCUGUCAGCGUUUGCUGGAGAAAUGCGAUUAGAGCAUGGCACCGUUCGGCUAGACGGUUCUCGUGCUUAUUGUCCACAGCACGCCUGGGCUCAAAACGCAACUGUUCGCGACAAUAUUCUAUUUGGAAAGCCAUAUGAUUCAGCCCACUAUGACCGCGUCGUGGAGGCCUGCGCUCUUCUUCCUGAUUUCCGCAUUCUACCUAGAGGAGAUCUUACCGAAGUUGGGGAAAGAGGCAUCUCCUUAUCAGGCGGCCAGCGACAACGGAUCAGCCUCGCUCGAGCUGUAUACGCUGAUGCAGAUGUCUACAUACUUGAUGACGUCUUAUCUGCUGUAGAUGCUCAUGUCGGAGAGCAUAUUUUUCGUCGUGCGAUUCGUGGUCUCCUGCAAUCCAAGUGUAGGAUUGUUGCUAUGCACAGCCCAACAUUUCUCCGCCAAUGUGAUCGCAUUGUCUGGAUGGAAGACGGCGAAAUCAGAGGUGUGGGAACCUACGAGCAACUACAGCUGACGACGUUUUCUGCACUUUCUGCAGACGAAGGUGUACGACAAGAAGAAAGUACUGUCAAAACAGCGGUCCAAGAAGCCGUCGAACCCGAGAACUCAGCUGAGCGGGGCAAUGAGGUCGAAGCACUAUAUCGUGCCGACACUGCUGUGGUGGAGACAGUACCAUGGCGCAUCUACAUCAUCUGGCUGCAGGCAGCUGGUAGUAUGGUGGCCGUCUCUAUGGUCGUUCUAUCACAAAUUCUUUUCAGGUCAGCAAACAUCAUGACGAAUCAAUGGCUUUCUUGGUGGGUUGCUGAUCAAUGGAAAUUUAAUAUCGGAGGUUAUGCGGGUAUAUUCACAGGUCUUGCCGUGGUGCAAGGAGUCCUGCUGUUCAUAUCGUCGGUAUUUCCAUCCGUGGUUGGCAUUCGCGCAAGCCGUAACCUCUCCGACGAGGCGAUGUGGCGGAUCAUGUCCGCGUCCGUGCCGUUCUUUGAAGGAACACCUCUCGGUAGAAUCGUUCAACGCUUCAGUGGUGACGUUGAUAUCCUGGACAACACUCUUACGGAUGCAGUCCGACAAUUCCUGACUAUGAUCAGUGCGAUCCUGGGUUCUGUGAUCCUCAUCAUCAUCUACUACUAUCACUUCGCGAUCGCCGCUUUCGUAGGCACGGGAGCAAUCAUCGCGGCUGUUUCAUAUUACCAAAAGAGUGCCAGAGAGAUAAAGCGGCACCAUGCGGUCAUGGAAGGCGCAUCUUUUGCACGAUUCAGCGAAGGCCUCAUCGGAGCCGGCACUAUUCGAGCAUAUGGAGUACAGGCAAAAUUUGUGCAAAGUCUGUACAAGGCGCUGGAUGAUAGUCACAGCGCAUAUUUCUUGACUUUUGCCAACCAGAGAUGGCUUGCAGUACGGCUGGACAGCAUCGGAAACCUUCUCACGUUCACCGUAGCACUUCUCGUGGCAAUCGACCAGUUUUCAGUUUCGCCUUCAGUCAGCGGCCUCGUUCUAAGCUACAGUAUGUCUCUGGGUGGCUUGAUCCAAAUUCUGAUAAAGUACUUUGCAGAAGUGGAGAAUGGAAUGUCCAGCACGGAAAGGCUGCACGAGUAUGCCACGUCCGUUCCAUUCGAGACCACAGCAGGUCUCACCGCCGCACAACUAAGACCUUCGUGGCCCGAACGAGGUCAAAUCGAGUACAGCGAUGUCACAAUGCGAUACCGGCCCGACUUACCAGUCGUCAUUGACAAGUUCUCGCUGCAGAUCCGCGCUGGCGAGCGAAUCGGGAUUGUCGGCCGCACAGGAGCAGGCAAGAGCACCAUCCUCAGCACGAUUUUCCGCCUCUAUGAUCUGCAGAGCGGCAAUAUCACGAUCGAUGGCAUCGAUAUAGCUAGCGUCAACCUCAAAGAACUUCGCUCAAGGUUGGCGAUAGUACCUCAAGAUCCGACCUUGUUCCAGGGAACCAUCCGCUCAAACCUUGACCCCGAGAACCGUCAUUCCGACCUCGAGCUUUGGCAGGCGCUUCGACAAGCCCAUCUCAAUCCAAGCGAUCCGACUUCGCAGUCCGAGAAGUCUGGCAGACCGGUCAUCAAUAUCCACCUCGACGAUACAGUUGAAGCAGAAGCCGCCAACCUUUCACUGGGACAGCGUCAACUACUGGCCCUCGCCCGCGUGCUUCUCCGAGACUCGCGGAUCAUCCUCGUAGACGAAGGCACGAGCAGUGUGGAUAGACAGACCGACGCCAUGAUUCAGCAUACCCUUGCCCAUGACCUCCAGGGAAAGACAUUGAUCGCAAUCGCGCACAGGUUGCGGACGAUCAUCAAUUUCGACCGUGUAUGUGUUAUGAGCAAGGGCCAGAUCAUUGAGCUGGGGCCGCCCAAGCUUCUUUGGCAACAGGGAAAUCUAUUCAGGGAUAUGUGUAAUGCGAAUGGGAUCACCGAGAAGGACUUUUUGUGA